CAUGUUGUAACACGAUGACCUAAAAACAGAUUUUGUGCGAAGGCUCACGGUUGUUUUGGAAAGCUCUCUGACUAUGGCUUUAGUGGAAACUCUUCUCACACAUGUGUCCACCACAGGAGCUUUACUCGCUGCUGUGCUGUUGGUUUUGGUUGUUUAUCUCUUCUCAAUGAGCUCCAGCUCUCCAGAAGAUCCUCCAGGACCCAAACCACUGCCUCUCCUGGGGAACCUGCACCUACUGGACCUCAGACAACUUCACAUGAGCCUCUUCAAAUUGUCCAAGAAAUAUGGGUCGGUGUUCACAGUGCAUUUUGGACCCAAGAAGUUUGUGGUUCUGGCAGGAUACAAGACCGUUAAACAAGCACUCGUGAACCAGGCGGACGAAUUUGGGGAAAGAGACAUUACCCCCAUAUUCCAGGAUUUCAAUCAAGGAUUCGGAAUCCUCUUUGCUAAUGGAGACAGCUGGAAGGCUAUGAGAAGAUUCGCUCUUUCAACUCUUCGGGACUUUGGAAUGGGCAAGAAAAUGAGUGAAGAGAAAAUAGUGGAUGAGACGCGUUAUCUGCGGGAAGUGUUUGAGAAGUUUCAAGGAAAUCCAUUUGAUACGACCCAACCGGUGAAUUACGCCGUCUCCAACAUCAUCUCAGCUAUUGUUUAUGGGAAACGGUUUGAGUAUGAGGACCCAAAGUUUCAGAAUAUGGUGAACAAGGCCAAAAAGAACAUCCAGAUGAUUGGUUCUGUUGUGAUACAGAUCUAUAACAUGUGUCCGGCUCUUGGUCCCUGGAUGAAGACGUGGAGGCUGGUGAUGAAAAGUAGGGAAAGCCUGAGAAGAGAAAUUAAGGAGCUGGUGUACGUCUUACAGGAGACUUUGAACCCGCUUGAGAGCAGAGGAUUCAUCGACUCGUUCCUCAUCCACAAACAAAGCACACAGGAUUCUGGAGAAACCAAAUCACACUUCCACGAGCAGAAUCUGAUCACUACCGUGUCAAACCUGUUUGCUGCUGGUACAGACACGACCGGCACGACGCUGUGCUGGGGUCUGCUGCUCAUGGCCAAGUACCCUCACAUACAAGAUCGAGUUCAGAAGGAGAUCGACGAGAUACUUGCUGGCCGUGAACCUGCAUCAGAGGACAGAAAAAACUUACCAUACACAGAUGCUGUGAUUCAUGAAGUCCAGAGACUGGCUAAUAUUGUACCCAUGAAUCUCCCUCAUAUGACCAGCUGUGACGUUUCCUUCAAUGGCUACGUCAUCAAGAAGGGGACAUGUGUUCUGCCGCUGCUGACGUCUGUGUUGAGGGAUGAGACUGAGUGGGAGACACCAGACUCCUUUAACCCUGGACACUUUCUAGAUGAGAACGGUCAGCUGAGGAAACGAGACGCCUUCAUACCCUUCUCUGCAGUCAUUGAUCUUUCAGGCCGCAGGGCUUGUCUUGGAGAGAGUUUGGCCAGGAUGGAGCUCUUCCUGUUCUUCACCUCCCUCCUUCAGCGUUUCCACUUCACUCCUCCUCCAGGAGUGUCUGAAGAUGAUCUGGAUCUCACUCCAGUCGUGGGUUUCACUUUGAACCCUUCACCUCACAAACUGUGUGCAAUCAGUAGAACCGAAAGUCAACCAAACUGAUGCAUCACUCACUGAAGUUCAGUUCAGUUUAAUAUUAUCAAAUCUGUCGUCUGAGAGGGUGAUGAUGUUUAAUGUUAUGUUCAGUGCAUAACUUAAUAACUGAAACUGAAGUUUCAACAGUGAUGUGCAAUGAUGUUCUGAAAUGAGGCAAGCCCUGACGGUUUAAUUUUAUAAUUUUUGUUUUAUGAAUGCAAUGUUCCAGUUAUACUUAAUGUUGAUGCAUUUUCUAAAAAAAUUAGUAGGCAUUGUUUUCUGUUUUGACAUAAACAUGUUCUCCUGGCCAUUAUAGUGGGCCGAUUGCCAAAGCGAGGGAGACCACCCCCAUAUUAGGUGCUGUUUUUAAAUUACAAUUCAUGCUAAACUUUAAAAAACAAAUACUCCAAAAAUGUGAAGGCUUUUAGUUGUCAUUUUCCUCAAGCUGCGCUCCAUUUUUCGGGAUGCUCUCUUCAGGGUGCAAGUAUGCUCAUUAUACCACGGUGUCAGACUGUUUUCUUUAACCUUCAUUAAGCAUAAAGGAGCAACUGUAUUCAAAAUGCUAGAAAAGAGAGAGUCCAUAGUUUCUGUUACAUCAUCAAGUUGUUCUGAGGUUUUGGAUAUGCUAGGGAAUUUGGAUACAUCAGGAAGAUAACUUAUAAAGCAGUCUUUUGUGGUAGAAGUGAUGGUUCUUCCAUUCUUGUAACAGGAAGUAGAAUUUACAGAUUUAGCUAUAUGAAGUUUGCACAAAACUAAAUAAUGAUCUGAGAUAUCAUCACUUGGCUGAAUAAUUUCAACACUAUCAACAUCAAUUCCAUGUGACAGUAUUAAAUCUAGAGUAUGAUUUCGACAAUGAGUAGGUCCUGAAACAUGUUGUCUAACACCAAUAGAGUUCAGAAUUUCUAUAAAUGCUGAUCCCAAUGCAUCUUUUUCAUUAUCGACAUGGAUAUUAAAAUCACCAACUAUUAAAACUUUAUCUGCAGCCAGAACUAACUCGGAUGUAAAAUCACCAAACUCUUUAAUAAAGUCUGUAUGGUGCCCUGGUGGCCUGUAUACAGUAGCCAGUACAAACAUAACAGGGGAUUUAUCAUUAACAUUGGUUUCUCUGGAUAAUGUUAUAUGAAGCACCAUUACUUCAAACGAGUUAUACUUGAAGCCUGCUCUCUGAGAAAUCCUGAAAAUGUCAUUAUAAAUUGAAGCAACACCACCCCCUUUACCUUUUAGACGCGGCUCAUGUUUAUAACAGUAAUCUUGGGGGGUGGACUCAUUUAAAAUAAUGUAAUCAUCAGGUUUUAGCCAAGUUUCUGUCAAACAGAGCACAUCUAUAUUAUGAUCAGUUAUCAUAUUAUUUACAAAAAGUGUUUUCGUAGAAAUGGAUCUGAUAUUCAAUAAGCCAAGCUUUAUCAUUUAUUUAUCCAUAUUGCAUCUGUUUUUUAUUUGUUGACAUCAAUUAAAUUGUUAAUCUUAA